AGCGAGGUGAUACUGCUGGGCAAUGUUGUAUUAAUAUGAGUGAUGCUGGUACUAAGGGUACACCUUGUGCUAGUCAUGAAUGUAACCACUGUGGUGUCAAUCCUAAGUGUCACUGGUGCGAUGGGACCAAUGAUAAUGCUGUUACUAAUGGUAAAAGAAAAUGCUACCUUUCGGCCUAUCAAAGACACAAUGGUAACCCCAAGACGACAUCCAGUGGAACCUACUACUGGCCCACCAUAUCAGGUGACCCCGCUAAGGUCCACCUCCUGGCCCGUAUUUUCCUAGGGUCAGUAUGUCUCAUCUGGAGUGGACUCAGUCAGUUGGGGUUCCUAACGGGUGGGAGUGGGAGUGGCACGGAUAAGAGGUGGAAGGAUAGUAGUUUGCACGAUAUAGGGAAAGACAAUGCCGGUCUCGGUUCAUUUAUGGCAGCCAUGGGCUAUGACCUGGAUAGGUUGAAUGGGAGUAGUACAGGUUAGUACUGCCUAGGGUGGUCAUAUGGAG